CUCUUCCAACUACUACCUCUGCUGACUGCGUACGCUAGCAACAUCUUGGGGGGGUGCAAGUGAAAUGCUUUCCAGGAUGACGUCUUCCAAAUUAAUUUGCACGUCGCUUUUCCUAGCCGUUGUUGCAGCGGCAUCACCGAUGCUCCUUAAAUUAAACGAUCUCUCUCACUCAGUUUGGGGAAAUGCUCUGCCAUUGUUUUGGACGAGGAAUCGAAACUUUAAUAUUUGCCUGCUGGUAACAGGUUCUCUCCUCUUUGCCUACCUUAUCCUGAAAGUAUGGAAGUUUUUAUUUCACCCGUUAGAGAUGCAGCGGAAACUCCACGACAUCGGCUAUUUCUCAGAUGAAAAGCGUCCUCUGAAAGACGUUGCUAACGAAUAUCGAAAGCGAAGAAAACGUGGCGAGGUUCCACCUGUGUACCCUAAUGGCUGGUUUCACGUACUCGCUUCGAACGAGCUAGCCAUGGGUGAGGUCAAGUAUGUUUCUAUUUUAGGCGAAGAUCUUGUGGUGUUUAGAGGAACUGAUGGAAUCGCGUAUAUUGUGAAUGCUUAUUGCCCGCACUUGGGCGCUAAUUUAGGCAUCGGUGGACAGGUGGUGGGUGACUGUCUUCAGUGUCCGUUCCACGGUUGGAAAUUUCGCGGAAGCGAUGGAAAGUGUACGGAUAUUCCUUACAGUGAAAAUAUUCCUAAUUUUGCGCAAACCAAAGCAUGGAACUGUUGGGAAACUAAUCACACAAUUUACAUUUGGUAUCACGCAGAAGGAAGUGAGCCUUCAUGGUAUCCUGAUGAAAUCGAAGAGAUUCAAAACGGAACUUGGACCUAUCGAGGCUUUACUCAACACACUAUCAAUGCUCACAUCGAGGAGAUUCCUGAAAAUGGAGCAGACCUCAACCACCUUGAUCAUCUUCAUAGCUCACCAGUUCUGAGUGGGGUUGAUCUGAGGCAUAUUUUCUCACAUUGGUGGCAAUUUGCCAGACACAACUGGUCUGCAGAAUGGAAACCUCUUGAGGAUACUAAGCAUGUUGGAUGUCUGCAGCUAGUGACCUCCUUAUCAGUCUUUGGAUACAAGAUUCCCUAUUUAGACAUACAUGUCACAGCCAGGCAGACUGGUCCAGGUCUGGUCUUCAUGAAAUGGAGCAGCAGCUUUGGUGAUGGAAUUUUCCUUCAUUCAGUGACUCCCAAAGAACCACUUUUGCAAAUCAUGCGCCACUCCAUUUAUGUUUCCAGAGGUGUCCCCACAAUAGUGGCCAAGUUUCUCCUAUAUGCAGAGGCUAUUCAGGUUGAACGUGAUAUAAUGAUUUGGAAUCACAAAACGUACGUGCCAAAGCCACUUUUAGUGAAAGAAGAUCACUUAAUCAAGAAACACAGACGAUGGUACUCACAGUUUUACUCCGAGAACAGUCCUCGCCUUUCAAUGAAGAAAGAAAACCUAGAUUGGUGAUACCAUUAACUGUUUCUCGUAUGCUGUUCUUUUUCCUUCAACCCUCUGGAAGUUGUUAAACUUGUCUUAAACCUUUACACCCAAACAUCAGUACGCACAGACUCCAUACUGUUCAUCAUACACUUCUCAAGGUGCUGACAAGCAGAAUUUGUUUGUGGUGAAAGGGUUAAGGCUGCAUACGUGGCUAAAGUUAAGCUGAAGUAAGUUACCAGCUUAAGCAGUCAUGACAGGAAAGGUUUCAUCGAAAAAUGAAUUUGUGGUUUUGUGUUAAUUUGUUUACCGUCGGCAACAGCACCUGACUUCAUCUGUUGUGUAACAUUUGAAAGCGUUCACUUUCAGUCUAAAAUUUUGUUGAUUUGUCGUUGGUACUCUAGGUUACGAGUAGUCCCUUCUUUUCGGUGAAGUCCGUCGCGCAAGUCAAAAAAUGUAAGCGUAAAAAAGAAACUUAGGUUAGCUCACCGCGCGGAACUCUGGAGGUGAGGUGCACGGAAAGUAGCCGUAAAAAAGGGACCAUCUGUGUAUUGGUAUUAAUUUUCUUUGACUGUGAAAAAUUUGGUUAUUUCACUUUUCUGUUUUGCAGAGGAGCGCUAAGAAAUGUUGUAGAACACACGUGUGGAAGUAAUGUUCUGUCCAUGAUAUCAUUUGUUUUUUCUCUGUCAUAUUUUCUUUGUCGCCGCCGUCGUGGUUGGCAUAAGGUUUCUACUUCUUAACGGAUCGAGCUCUUGAUAAGUCGAAAACAGAGGUUACGUUGAUUGAAAUAGGGAAAAGUACUUUGCACUUUUCUGCGUGUUGACGAAAUGGCCUUUUUAAACUGGGAAACUGAACGUCUCUGGAUUUCAACAAACAAAGAAUAAAACUAAACAAAUUCGAAAAAGAAAAAUGGAAUAGAAAAGAAAUUUGCUUGCCAUACGGGAUUCCAACUCAAAUAACCGUGAUGCAUCUUGGUGGUAACAUUUCUAGCAUACUUAAUAAGGAUUUUGCGUAUGGGCAUCGAGUUGCCGUUAUGUAUUUCUAAGGCCUUUUUGCAGCUUCUUUGAUAACUGUAGAUUAGAUUUGAAAAUUUGAAACAAAUCCUUUGCAGUUUUCAGCUGCAGAACAUUGUAAAUCAUGUCCCAAUAUCUUGACAUACUGUCCUGGCAAUGCCGGCCAUUGUUUUGUACUUUAAGGCUGAACAAAAAUAAAUAAAUAAAUAGAGAGAAAAUUCCAGCAACUCUACGCAGAACUCAAACAGUGGCCAUAGUCUACAAUUAUUGUAAUUAUAGCCUCCUAUGUGCAACAUCAUUAUCAUUAUCAUCAUUGACAUCUAUGCAAUGAUCAAAACACUUAAGCCUUUAACUCCCAGAUCAAAUUUGUAAUUCUUCUUACUUUCAGUCAUACAAUUCUUAUAAUAUUAGUUUUGAGAAUUUAGUAUUGGAUCAACCAAUUGUCCCAAAAUUGAUAUUUUUUUAUUCUCAUCACCUAUCUGGUUGAUAUUGUAUUGAUAUUGUGAGGAGAAAUUCUGUCUUGGUCACUCAUGGGAGUUAAAGGGUUAACUGGGCUCAAUUUUAAGUGGCCAUGCUCCCUAAGAUUUAUAUUGCAUGUUAAGUUAACAUCAUGAAAAGUCAGGGAAUUUCACAGGCAAAUUUAAUUCUUUGAAAGAAGUCAUGGAAGAGUAAGGUUUUAAGUAAAUAUGAAGUCAUUUAACUUUGGUUAAGCCCUCUAACAUGUAUUUACAUUACAUUGAGUUUAACUUGUAUUUACUCAUGUUGAUAUGUAGACUGCUAGCCAUUAAAUUUUAAUACGUUCUAAUUUAAUAAAGCUAUUAGAGUGAAUAAAGAGAGUAAGUUUCUAAAGAAACUGUGGAACUGCAUUGGUUCGGUAGUUGCAAGAUAAGUUAGUUUUAUCAACUUGAGUUGGUUAAAUGGCUGCCUUAGGAGUUAAAAGUGUUUGCUUUGCUAAGUGUUGGAAACUAGGGAUUCUAUCAUGCUAAAUGGUCUAGUUAUUUACAUCAAAGUUUAUAAAAGUUGAACAGGAUGUACAUAUUGUCAUGAUAUUCUUUUUUGAUUGAUAAAUCCUUCUACACGUAAGAGCCUGACACCCUCUUUGCUGCAUGAGGUACAAAUUGUUCAUUAAAUGAGUUCUCAAUGA